AAUUGAUCGAUCGAGCGCAUGUCAGCUAAGACAUGGCGGUCGGAGUCGCCGUCGUGAAGCUGGCGCUAUGGCUGUUCGCGUCGUGCGCGGAGGUGGUGGCCACGGCGCUGCUCCGCGGCCUGGCGCUCCUCCUCCUCGCCGCCGCGCAGCUGGUCAGGCUGCCGGGGCAGGCGGCCGGCGCGGCGCUCGACGCGGCGAGGGGCGCGGUGACCGCGGCCGUCGAGCUCGCGCUCGGCGUCGCCCGCGACGUGCUGGCGUCCGUCGCGUCGGCGCUCGUCGAUGCCCUCUGCAGCGCCGCGGCCGGAGCGGCGGAGCUGGCGGCGUCGGCGGCCGUGGAGCUGCUGGAGGCGGCGCGGGACGGCGGCGAGGCGGCCGCCAGGGCCGUGGCGGCGGCGGUGGAGGGCGCGGCGGAGGUGGCCGCCGGGGCGGUGGCGAAGGUGUGGGAGACCUACGUGGACGCCGUUGGCGCCCUUCUCCUCGAAAACCGCAGCUGAUCGAUCGUCGCCUGAUGCAGCCAUGCACGCAUGCAUGCAACGCUGUGUGUGUACCAUAGCUAGCCAGAUGAUUAAUUACUAAUUAACAUCUACCUUUAUUUUAAUUGACAUAGUAUUUGCAAAAUUUUUGCAUGAGAUAUAUCGGAGAAUUACUUUAAUUUCGAACUGGCUAUCGAAAAUUAAGGUUUGAACUGAUCGACCGAUAUUUUUUUUUUCUGGGCUUACAUCGAUCUUUCCCGACAGUUGUAUGACGAUAGGUUUGGAUCAGAUUGUAGUGAUGAAAUGAAAACACGGCAUCAUUUCAAAGGUUAUAUCUGUUAUUUUGUUCAUACAGGAUUUUUA